GACCCGUCAGCGCCUUCUUCAGCCCUCCAACCUUUGAACAUUGAAAGUUUGAACAGACUCAACUACUCAAUCCACCCAAUUCAAUCUAUCUAGUCAAAAUCCUCAAAAAACAGAGCUCAGAACCACCCCACCCAUUUCUCCUCAACCUCCCCUGCAUAUCGACAGAUUGUUUGUUCGGCCUCCUGGUUGCCCUGGCCUCGGGUUUCCAUGUCUUUUCACCACAUGGACCCGCAGUCGGCUGCAGAGCGGGCGGUGUCGGUGAUCGGGAUGGGCUACGACCUCACCAACGAUCUCCGGCUGAGCUCAAGCAAGCCUGGCCCUGCCGGGUCGAGGCUGAUUGAGCUCGACGUGCAGGCAGCGCAAGACCUUGUGGUUCCCGGGGGGGCGGUUGUGAAGGGUGUCCCGGGCUGCAUAAAGUGCGAUAAAGGCGAGCGGACUAGGAUGCAGUCCGAUGUCCUGUCCUUCAAUCAGAUGUCGGAGCACUUCAAUCAGGAACUUUCAUUAUCCGGUAAGAUCCCAUGUGGUCUAUUCAACACAAUGUUCGACUUCAAGGGCUGUUGGCAGAAGGAUGCGUCGACCACGAAGAGUCUGGCUCUUGAUGGUUGGUUCAUAACUCUAUACAACGUUGAGCUAGGGAGAUCCCAACUAACACUUUCUGAGCACAUCAAGCAAGAGGUCCCAACCUCAUGGGACCCGCUUGCACUUGCGGAGUUUAUCGAGAAGUAUGGAACUCAUGUUGUGGUAGGAGUUAAGAUGGGAGGUAAGGAAGUUGUUCACAUAAAGCAGCUGCAGAGUUCAAGCCUUCAGCCCACCGAAGUUCAGAAAUCACUGAAGCAGUUAGCAGAUCAGAGAUUCUCCGAAGAUGCAAACAGGCCAAACACAACUCAGCUGUCAAAAAAACCGAAGGGUGAAAAUUUGCGCUGGAACCUCCCUGCAGCAUUGACCAUCCGACCGCCCGUAAUUAUUCCCUCGAAAAACAAGGACACGAUAAGCGUUUGUGUCAGAAGAGGAGGAGUUGAUCUUGGUCAGAGUCACAACCAAUGGCUCUCGACUAUACCUCAGUCGCCUAAUGUGAUAUCGAUGACUUUUGUGCCCAUCACUGCGCUUUUGAGCGGAGUCCGUGGCUGUGGAUUCCUAAGCCAUGCAGUGAAUCUUUACCUUCGAUAUAAACCACCGAUAGAGGAGCUCCAUCAAUUUCUCGAGUUUCAAUUGCCCCGGCAGUGGGCCCCGGUGUAUGCCGAUCUGCCUCUUGGACCAAGGCGCCGAAAACACCCGUCUCCUACCUUGCAGUUCACUUUCAUGGGCCCGAAGCUCCGUGUUAACACGUUGCAGGUGGACACCGGGAAUAGACCAGUUACGGGAAUACGGCUUUACUUGGAAGGCAAGAAAAGUAAUCAUCUGGCAAUCCAUCUCCAACACCUCUCGAACCUCCCCACCCCUCUCCAAAUAUCAGAUGAUCACACCUAUGAACCUGUGUAUGAGCCCAACGAGCGGGCCUACUUUGAGCCCAUCAAGUCGAGCAUGUUCUCGCACGUCUGUACUGCUCCCGUCCAGUACAACGGGUCUCGGAUUGAUGACUCCGCCUCUAUAGUGACUAAGGCCUGGUUGGAAGUCAAAGUCAUGGGCAUUAAGAAAGUCCUGUUUCUCAGGCUUGGGUUCUCAAUGGUGGCGUCAGCAAAGAUUCGCCGUUCAGAAUGGGAUGGACCAUCAACUAUGUCCCGCAAAUCAGGGGUCUUCUCUGCUCUGUUCAGUACAAGGUUUAGCACGACCUUAAACCCACCGGAGCAGAAGCCUGCAAAGGUUGAUUUGAACUCAGCAGUUUUUCCCGGAGGGCCACCACUGCCGAAUCGGCCACCAAAAAUGACCAACUUCGUGGACACAAAGGAGAUGGUGAGGGGCCCCGAGGACCCACCUGGGUACUGGGUGGUCACUGGAGCAAAGCUCUCAUUAGAAGGCUGUAGAAUCUCGGUAAAGGCCAAGUAUUCGCUGCUUACCAUUAUGUCCGAGGAGUCGAUGAUGCUGAUGUGAUUAUACGAACCACAGGAAAAUUAAAUUUGAUUUGAUCCAUUCAUUUUGAUAGUCUAUGUAAAUGACAGAAAUUGGCCCCGUAAAAAGCAUAAAGAAUCGAUUCAAUUUUGCUCCA